CAGAGGCCACGAACUCCACGAGCUCUCCGCCCAGAGCUUCUGUUCGAUGCCCCCUCCUUCACCACCCGCCUCGCAAGUGCGCACGUGCGAUGCUGGCGCCGCGCAGUCGCCCACGCGCGGGACGGUGAGUGAGAUGGCGCGAUACUUCCGCAGCAGCAACCUCGCCUCUAGGGUCUUCGAGCGUCAGCUCAUCUCCCCGCGCCCUGGCGCUACCGUUAACACUAUUAGACAGUUCUAUGAAAAUUUGGUCCCAAGCUAUACUAUAUAUGACAUAGAUUGCCCAGAUUAUUCGUUUCGCAAGUUCACUGAUGAUGGGAAAUAUUUUGUGGCCUUUAGCCGAAACCAUCAAGAUUUGAUUGUAUACCGUCCAAUCUGGUUGACAUAUUCAUGCAAUGAAGAAUGUGAUCCUCAUGAGCUUCCGCCAAAGGCAAAGAAGUUUGACAGCUUCUUUAAGCAGCUUUAUUCAAUUCCUCUUGCAUCUGGCAAUGAGUAUAUUUGCAAGGACUUUUUCCUGUACAUGGAAUGCCAUCGAUUUGGUUUAUUUGCAACAUCUACUGCACAAAGUAACGAAUCAACUGCCACUGAGGGUGCAAUACAUGGGGUGCCAUUAAUUGAGAAAAUAACUUUCCAUCUUGUGAGGCUAGAAGAUGGUGUGAUACUUGAUGAAAAGGCUUUCUGCAAUGAUUUUAUCAAUCUGGCACAUAGUAUUGGUGCUUACAUGUAUGAGGACCUUCUUUGUAUUGUUUCUUUGCGAUACCAAACAAUACAUAUCCUACAGAUACGAGAUUCAGGCAACCUUGUUGAGGUACGCAGCAUUGGUGCAUUCUGCCGGGAAGAUGAUGAGCUAUUUCUUCACUCACAUGUUCAGACUGGUUAUGCGGGUUCCUUUCUUCCUGGCAUAAAGCAACGGUUGUUGUCGUAUAUUUUUUGCAAGACGUGGAAUGAGGUUCCAGAUCAGACUUUGAGGGUCCAACAUCUAAAGAAGUUCUAUUUUCACUUCCAAGAUUAUGUUGAUCUUAUCAUAUGGAAGUUUUUGGAUCGCCAUCACCUAUUUGUCAAGUUCGGUAGUGUGGAUGGAGGGGUUUCUCGGAGUACUGACCAAAACCUAGCUUUCUUUGCCGUGUACAACAUGGAGACAACGGAUAUCGUUUCACUUCAUCAGAAUUCUUCGGAGGAGCUCUAUGCCUUGUUUGAACAAUUUUAUGACCAUUUUCAUGCAAACCCACAAGCUUCAUCACAUGGAAAAUUUAUCUCCUCUCAUUCCAAUGAUAUUCAUGCUCUGGAUCAACUUCGGGUUAUAAAAAAUAAAGCAAGUAGCUCCUCACAGUUUGUGAAAAAGAUGAUGACGUCAUUACCUUACACUUGCCAAUCACAGAGUCCAUCACCGUACUUUGACCUGUCCCUUUUUAGGUAUGAUGAGAAGCUGAUUUCAGCAAUUGAUCGGCAUCGACAUUGCACAGAGCAUCCAAUAAAAUUUAUAUCAGUGAGGCAAAAUGUUGUCAAAUUUAAGAUCAAGCCAGGUUCAGAUUCUGGUGCUUCUGACAGCAGAAUAAAAAGAAUCUCGUCUUUCUUGUUUCACCCAUUUUUCCCGCUUGCACUUUCGAUUCAGCAGACUUAUAUGCAGCCAACUGUUCUCAACAUCCAUUUCAGGAGAUAGAAAAGGUAUAACGGUUGCCCUAGGUGUAUCUAUGUCAUUAGUGAACUUGCAGCAUUGCUCGCGGCAAAAUUUUGGCCAUAUGUACUCUCUAGUAGAUAAGCUGACAGAUGUUACAGUAGGGGAUAAGAUCCAUUGUCUGGCGGUGAGAAUGGCUAGUUUGAUUUCUCUUCCAAAACAAAGUACAAAAUGCAAAUGGGCUCAAUAUUCAUCUAUUGAUGUGGCUUCAUGGGCUCAUCAGUCAUCAUUGCGGCUUCACAGUGUUGAUCUAUGCUUUCAUAUGCCUAGCUCGGAGUGUCAGAUGUGCUUGUUAUUGGAUUUGAGGCAUAAGGACACGUAUAUUGGAUGGCAUGGAGUUGGUAUAUUGGAUGCUUCAUGCUUGAGGCGAGGGUGAUCUAAGCUGCGAAUUUGUUUUCGAGGAUAUAUAGGAAAUAUAGCAUUACAAAUAGUUUUGAGUUGUCAUAUUAUGAUGAAGUAACUACUAUUUACUGAAACUGUUAUGCAAAGAUAAUAAUUAUUUUUCUGUGUUCAAUAUAUUACAAAAAACUUCAUAAUC